AUGAUGGAAGAAGAAGAAGAAGAAGACGACGACGCCAUACCGUCAGGAUUCUCGUACAAGGCCACAGAUGCGGUGGAAGAGACUCGUGAUCAAAGCAAGAAACCAGGAGAGGACGGGUACUCUAUGUGUUAUUACCUUCGAGUCAAGGUCACCACACAGACCUCUUUGCCUCCCACCACCACCACCGCCGCCGCCGCCGCCGCCGCCGCCGCCGCCUCGCUCACCGUCAUUGUAGCCACCGCCAUCCACCGGCCUGGACGUCCAAUCACGCGCGGGUCAAUUGGCGUUCGACUGUGCAAGGCUUCGGGGAGGCGGAGUAGACGCACAUUGUAG